CACCUCUACUCGUAAAACCCUAUCAAUCUCUCUCUUUAUCUCUCAGUUCCUCUCUGUUCAAUUCUAAAACAAACAAAAAUGGGUAUUUCUUACAAUGGGUUAGUACUGUUGGGCGCGAUAAUGGGUUGUUGUUUUCUGGUAGGAGUUUCAGCUGGUAACUUCUACCAAGAUUUUGACAUAACUUGGGGAGGGCAGAGAGCGAAGAUUUUCAGAGGAGGGCAGCUUCUUUCUUUGUCGUUAGAUAGGGUUUCUGGGUCUGGAUUUCAAUCCAAGAAUGAGUAUUUGUUUGGAAGAAUUGAUAUGCAGCUUAAGCUUGUUGCUGGGAACUCUGCUGGCACUGUCACUGCCUAUUAUUUGUCAUCUCAAGGGCCAACUCACGACGAAAUAGAUUUUGAGUUCUUGGGAAAUGUGACAGGAGAACCUUACAUUUUGCACACCAAUGUCUUCACGCAAGGCCAGGGGAACAGAGAGCAACAAUUCUAUCUUUGGUUCGACCCCACAAGAAACUUUCACACUUACUCCAUCAUUUGGAAGCCCCAACACAUUAUAUUUUUGGUGGACAAUACUCCUAUAAGAGUAUUCAGAAAUGCAGAAUCACUCGGUGUUCCUUUCCCAAAAAACCAACCAAUGAGGAUUUACUCUAGUCUUUGGAAUGCUGAUGACUGGGCAACAAGGGGUGGAUUGGUAAAAACAGACUGGACAAAGGCACCAUUUACAGCUUACUACAGAAAUUUCAAUGUCAAUGCAAUAUCUUCAAGCUCAUUUUCAGACAGUGCCUUUCAGACCAAUGAGCUUGAUGCCCCUAGCAGGAGAAGACUCCGAUGGGUUCAAAAAUAUUUCAUGAUCUACAACUACUGUAGUGAUUUGAAAAGGUUCCCGCAAGGCCUCCCUACUGAGUGCAGACAUGCUUAAGUCGGAGUCGGGUUGAGUUUGUGAUAUAUAUUCCACGGUUUAUUUAUAAUUCUUUAGUUGAAUUAUUCCUCGUUUUUAUCCAGGUUUCCUUCGCUUGGUAAUUGGAGGAUGAAAAUAAAUAAAUAAACAAAUUCUUUGUUUCU